AUGCAACUAAUCGAAAAUUUAUUAUCUGUUAAUGAAGCUGCGUCAGCAUUGAAUUGUUUAAGGCCGGAAACAGAUGAAAUUCAAUACGGACAAUAUUACGCCAUAGGAGAUAAUCAGUCACUUAUUCGUCUUCCACGAUUAAUGGCAUUUCAAGCAAGUACGAACUCAUGUGGAGAUCAACCAUGGUAUCGAUGUAAAAUUGCACUUGUUCCUCAAAAUAAUAUCGUUUAUACAUCAUGGACACCAACUGUACAGAAACUCAAAAGAGUCAUCGAAGAAAUGUCAGGAGAAACUUGGAAUUUAGCUCACAUUAUUUAUUAUAAAGAUGGACAAGAAAGUAUGGGUCUACAUAGUGAUUGUAUGUUAGAUUUAGCAUCUGGCUCAAAAAUUGCAGUUGUAAGUCUUGGAGUCAACAGACAAAUGGAUUUGGUCAAAAAGCAAGAAAGUACAUUAGAUGGACCAUCACAACUACAAAUAAAUCUUCCAGGUAAUUCUCUAUUCUUACUCGAUGAAGAAACGAACAGACAUUAUGUACACGGUAUUAAAAAAGAAAAAAGUCAAAUUGGAGAAAGAAUAUCAAUUGUAUUUCGACAUGUACUUACGUAUAAGACUCAGAAUGGGAAAUUAUAUGGAAAUGGAUUAACAUAUUCAACUAAACAAGAUAUAAUUCAAGGAGAAACAAGACGAAAAAUGUAUAAAUUUGCAUUCACAUUCUUCCUUGCACUUUGUUUAAAUUGGAUGUUUCCUUUCUUCUCUACUAAUAUGUUUAAAUUAAUUAGUGGCGGAAUCUAUUGGCUUAGUAUUAGUCUUGUUAUAGAACUAGUCCAACAAAUCAUUGAUGCUGACUAUGUUGUACCUCGUGGUUGGGCUGGAUUUGGGCUUGGAGUGGACCCGUUUCGCAGUGAUGAUCUUUGGAGCACGUUGAUCGUGGUCUAUCAUGGAACAACUGCGCUGGCAGCUCAAUCAAUACUCACUCAUCGUCAGUUUUUACUGCCAGGUGAUCACUUGCUUGACGGAACUGAGUUAGCCAUUCGUGCCGGGCACAUUCCCGGCAAAGUUCAUAUUUACACAUCUCCGUCAAUUCGUUAUGCAAGUCUUCAUGUUUAUAGUCAGGUGAAUUCCUUCAAGUCUCCAAAGAUAAAAAAACUUUAUAAAGUUCAAAUCGUGUUGCAGUGUAAACAAAUGCCUGGCACAUUUAAAACUCAAAAGGAAACAGUCGGCUGGGGUGAUAAGCGUAUUUGUAAUACCAUUCCAAAUGAAGUUAUUGAGCACUUUACCAAUCGACGUUCAUCGGUUAUUCCUUACCGCUUACUCAUUCGUCUUGAGAAUACUUAA